AUGUUGAGCCCCACCGACCAAAGGAUAAUUGCAACUGCUGAUGAUGCUAUUCGCACAAAGCAUGCAGCUGUCCACGCUGGAUAUUACGCAGACGACUACAUAGAUACCUUCUUUCAAUCUUGUGCUCCAUCCCAACGACAAGUUCAACCGAUCAUCAAACGUGGGACCCAUGCUCGAGUCGCUUGUGUGGAUCGUGCCAUAUCCUCCUUUCUUGCAGGCCAUCAGACAGCAUCGAAACUUCAGAUUGUAGUCGUUGGUGCAGGGAAGGAUACCUCAUACUUUCGAUUUCGUGAUGGAUCACUUAUGGGAACGGAGAGCAAUAAUGCAUCGAGGGAGUGUGAUUGGUACGAUGUGGACCAUUCACUCGUCAUUGAAGAGAAAGCGAGAAUUAUUGGUGAUUCCGAAACUCUUGCCCCUCAGUAUCCACUAAAAGCAACAUCCCAUGGAUUCACUUGCACGACGAAUGAUCAAAAUUACACACUGAUUGGACAUGAUAUUCGUGAGGAUCCAUCGGUACUGAUAAAGAAGUUGAAUCUGGAUGCCUCAGUACCGACUCUAUUCCUAACGGAAUGUGUCCUCAUGUAUGUUCCAGAUCCAGACUCAAAGAAUCUACUUUCCGCACUAUCCACUGCUGUCAAGAAUGCUUCAGUGGUCUGCUAUGAGCCAAUUCUGGGUAGCGACGCCUUUGGCAAAAUGAUGCAACAGAAUCUAUUGCAAGUAGGUGUUGCCACUCAAGACUCCUGCCUGGUACGAACUAAAACCCUACAAAGUCAAAUAGAGAAGCUUGUGGAAGCAGGAUUCGCAAAAGCAAGUGGAUGCAACAUGUGGUCUGCCUAUCAAAGUGUUGUCACUGCCGAACAGCGACAACGGGCGAAUCGAUGUGAGUUUCUAGAUGAAAUGGAAGAAUGGGUCCUCAUUAUGCAGCAUUAUUGCUUUCUAGUGGGUACAACGGAUGACAAGGACACUGAAUCUUCGUUACUCAGUCUCAUUCCAAAGCCCCCUCAAGGCUUUUCAAUGAAUAAAUAA